ACAAAAUAUUGGCACCAAUGAUGGUUAAGGAAAAGAUUUGGAUGUCAUUGAUGAUCAAUUUGGAGAAGAGGAUGUUGACUAUCUAUGAUUUAGGCAAGUCUGUCUACAGUAACAAAAUUAAAGAUAAACAUGUGGGUGCAUAUGCUGUUGCAAUACCGUAUAUUGCCCAGAAGAAAUUUGGGAUGAAAAAUGAUAUAGAGAAAUCUCCAUUCAGAAUUAAUAUCAUGAAUUGCAUACCUCAGGUUGCUAAGAUUGAAGAUAGUGGUGUCGUCAUGCUAAAGACAAUGGAGUGUUUGGUUAUGAGCAUUUCGACAUAUGGCAAUCUUACAGAUGAGUCAAUUGGUGAUUUACGGCAGAAAAUGGCGGUUGACAUCUUUGUAGAAUUAGCAAAUGCCUAGGAUAUGGAAGUUUGCAUCUUGCUGAUAUAUAAACGUGAUUGUAGAAAUGGAGCUUUAGCUUAUUGCAUCAAGAACAAUA